AUGGGGAUCCGAGAGUUUCCAAACGGCGCACCCAGGGGCAAAACCAUUGCGAUUGGCAUGAGGAGGUCACCCGACGUCAGCCCCCGGAGGCUGUCGGACAUCAGCCCCCAGCUCAGGCAGCUCAAGUACUUGGUGGUGGACGAAGCGAUCAAAGAGGAUUUGAAAUGGUCCCGAUCCGUGGAGGACCUCACCAGCGCAUCAGUGGGGCUCACGUCUAUCGAGGAGCGGAUCCUGCGCAUCACUGGCUACUACGGCUACCAGCCCUGGGCAGCCAGCUACAAAAGGGAUGAGCGCCCUCGGGACUCUCCAGCCCCUACGGAGACCCAAAUGCCAGCUGGAGUGGAGGCUGGAGGGAGAGCCGGCCAUUGUUGUUGGAAAUGCUCCAGAGAGCAGCUCAAGAAGAUUUUCUGGGGUGUGGCAGUGGUUUUGUGCAUCUGUUCCUCAUGGGCAGGGUCCACACAACUCGCCAAGCUGACGUUCAAGAAAUUUGAUGCCCCUUUUACGCUGACGUGGUUCGCCACCAACUGGAACUUUUUAUUCUUUCCUUUGUACUAUGCUGGGCAUGUUUGCAAAUCCACAGAGAAACAGUCUUUAAAACAAAGAUACAGGGAAUGCUGUCGAUUUUUCGGGGACAAUGGCUUGACAGUGAAGGUGUUUUUUACCAAGGCAGCUCCCUUUGGCGUUCUUUGGACACUCACAAACUACCUAUACUUACAUGCAAUAAAGAAAAUAAAUACUACGGAUGUCUCCGUGUUGUUCUGCUGCAACAAAGCCUUUGUGUUCUUGCUCUCGUGGAUCGUUCUCAGGGACAGGUUCAUGGGAGUGAGGAUUGUGGCUGCCAUCCUUGCAAUCGCCGGGAUCGUGAUGAUGACUUAUGCGGAUGGAUUCCACAACCAUUCUGUGAUAGGCAUAGCAUUGGUGGUGGGGUCAGCUUCAAUGUCUGCUCUUUAUAAGGUUUUGUUCAAACUUCUCCUAGGCAGUGCUAAAUUUGGAGAAGCAGCCCUAUUUUUGUCCAUAUUGGGUGUAUUCAAUAUCCUUUUCAUCACCUGUAUUCCUAUCAUUCUUUACUUCACCAAAGUCGAAUACUGGAACUCUUUUGAUGACAUUCCAUGGGGAAACCUUUGUGGAUUCUCAGUUCUCUUAUUGACAUUCAAUAUUGUAUUAAAUUUUGGAAUUGCUGUUACAUAUCCAACUUUGAUGUCACUUGGAGUUGUAUUAAGUGUGCCUGUGAAUGCAGUGGUGGAUCACUACACAAGCCAAAUUGUCUUCAAUGGAGUUCGGGUCAUCGCCAUCAUUAUCAUCGGCCUGGGCUUUCUCCUACUCCUGUUACCAGAAGAGUGGGAUGUCUGGUUGAUCAAACUGCUCAUGCGCCUCAAAGUGAGGAAGAAGGAGGAGACGCCUGAAGGCAACGGAGAUAUAGGCUCUGGACUUCAGAGCAAACACAGAAGGACCCGCCCAUCCUUUGCGCGUUAA